UCAUUAGCAGUGGAAAUGUUGAUUUACUCAAUUGAAUCGUUGAAACGGCGACGACGCGGCCGAGUGGCGCGUUCGCCCAGCUCACGCCGAGGUCAGUGAACGCAACGCGUUCCAGAAUACCACGAGGACAUCGCGUCUCGUAGUCUCGAGUUGAGUCGGGGCGAGUUGAGUCGAGUUGGGUCGAGUGGAGUGACAGUGCCGCUGCCGCUGCAGUGGACCACCGCGGACGCGGAACCGAACCGAAGCGGAGGCGGCGCGGACACCCUCUCGACAUGCCUUCAACUUGCGCUCGUAGUAAGUCAUAGAGGAGCGCAAAGCGCGAGGAGGAGAACCUUGGGACGUAAACAAGACUCCCGUCGAAGGCGGCGCGGGGGAGGGGGCCGUUGAGGUGGCCGAGGCUCACUCCACCUCACAUGGCCGAGCGGGGGGAGCCGAGAGAUGUUUGAAUGAGCUCCGCCAACUCGCCGCGAGGACACGACGCGUCGCCCGGCCGGGGGGCGCUGGUGGCGGGCGACGCGAUGGACGGCCAGGCGGCGGAGCGCGGCGAGGACGUCCGCAAGAGCGGCUACCUCCGCAAGCACAAGUCCAUGCACCGGCGCUACUUCGUGCUGCGCUCGGGCACGGAGCGCGGCGCGGCCCGCCUGGAGUACUACGAGAGCGAGAAGAAAUUCCGCGGCAAGGCCCCCGUCCCGAAGAAGGCCGUGCUGCUGGAGACCUGCUUCAACAUCAACAAGCGGGCCGACUCCAAGAACAAGCACAUGAUCGUGCUGUACACGCGGGCCGAGAGCUUCGCCGUCGCCGCCGACAACGAAGCCGACCAGGACGACUGGUACCAGGCCAUGGUGGACCUGCAGUGCAAAAGUAAGAACCCGUCCGACAAGGGAGCCGCCGGGGACUACGGCGUCCCAAACCCCGGGCCGGCCUUCAAAGAGGUGUGGCAGGUGAAAGUCUGGCCCAAAGGUCUGGGGCAGGCCAAAAACCUGGUGGGCAUCUACCGCCUCUGCCUGACCGACAAGACGAUCAACUUUGUCAAGCUCAACUCGGACGCGGCGGCCGUGGUGCUGCAGCUCAUGAACGUCCGGCGCUGCGGCCACUCGGAAAACUUCUUCUUCGUGGAGGUCGGCCGCUCUGCUGUGACGGGCCCGGGCGAGUUCUGGAUGCAGGUGGACGAUUCGGUGGUGGCCCAAAACAUGCACGAAACGUUGCUCGAGGCCAUGAAGGCACUCAGCGAGGAGUUUCGGCAGCGAAGUAAAUCUCAGUCAAACUCCGGACCGGGAGGGGGCGCGACCGCCUCCAACCCGAUCAGCGUUCCCACGCGCCGCCAUCACUCCAACCCUCCGCCCAGCCAGGUGGGCUUCACCCGCCGGCCCAGAACCGAGCCUCCCGGGGGAGCUAACGGUGGAGCGGGGGCGAGCGGCGCCGGCGCUUCCCCCACCCCUCGCCACAGCUUUCCGCGGUCUCGCGCCGCCAGCGACGGGAGCAAAAACGAGGAGGGCCUGGCGGGGCUCGCCGGCUCCAGUCCCUCCGCCAACGGUUCUUGCUCCGGCACGCCCGUCCUCAGGUCGAAGCUGACUCGGUCGGGCCCCGCCUCAACGGCGAAAACGCCCCUUGGUCUGAUGCGCUCCAUUUCCACGCCGGCACCCUCCCCCGGCCCAAGCCUGUCCUCCAGCUCCGGCCACGGAUCGGAAUUUGGGGGCGUGGUAUCUUGCGCCGGUCCCGGCGCGGGGGCCGGCCCCUACGGUCGUUGCGCCUCCGUCUCAGGCUCACCCAGCGACUACGGCUCCUCGGAUGAAUAUGGCUCCAGUCCGGGGGAACAGACGCUCCUCGUGUCCCCCGUCCUGCCCGGAAGCUCGGCCGGGAGCGCCGGCAGCCAGUCCCUCGGCGAGGACGGCGCCCAUUACAUUUUAAUGGGUCAGCAUAGCGGCGGCAGCGGGAGCCAUCGAAGCGGCGUGACGUCCAGCUCCUUGCCGGCGGCGGUCUGCGGCUCCCAAGCCCAGACGAGGAGAGUCCUCCGGCGUUCCUCCAGCCGGGAAUGCGAAGCGGAACGGAGGUUGCUGAGCAAGCGCGCCUCCUUGCCUCCGAUGGCCUUGGAGAGGCUGCUCCCCUGUCAGCAGCGAGCCGAGGAGCCGGCGGAGGAAGACUCGGCGGACUACGCCAUCAUGUCGAGGAGCGCCAGCCGCGAGUCCUUCUCGUCCACGUCCUCCGCCGCGCAGAGGGAAGCCCCGAUGGGCGCCGGGUCGGCAGAGGGAGGCGGGGCUUACUUCGACCUGGCGGGAGAGUUCAAAGGCGAGGCGGGAUCGGCCGGGGCUGUCGACGUAGCGCUCGAUAACGGCUACAUGUCCAUGUUGCCCGGAGUCACGCAGCCUCCGGCGCCCUCGUCCCAGUCGCCGGCCAUUUCCGUCCCGGACCCGGACCCGAAACCGCCCGACGAUUACAUGGCCAUGACGCCGAACAGCAGCGUGUCCCCUCCGCAGCAGAUCCGUCCUCCGCCCGCCUCCGACGGUUACAUGAUCAUGUCACCCAGUAGCAGCUGCUCGCCCGAUCAACGCGGCGGUCUCUCCUCGGGGGCUUGGGUGGGCAGCGGCAGCGCCGACAGCAGGGCGGGCAGCGACUACAUGAACAUGUCGCCCAUCAGCGCUCGCUCCGUAAACGGCAGCCCCCCUCCUUCGGGACACAGUCGCUCGGAGCAGCCGGUCCCCAAGAUGGUGUACUCUUACUACUCGCUCCCGCGGUCUUACAAACACAACCCCCCCUCCCGACACUUUGACGACGGAGCCGGACGCGGCCGAAGACCGCACGGGAGCGGCGUCGGGGGCGCGGCUCGGACGGUCGGCGGGCAUCCGGAGCAAACGGCCGCCGGCGCUUCAACGCCGGGGCGCCACCUCUCGCUUUCCUCUUCCUCGUACUCGUCCAGCUCAGCCAGCAGCGAGAGCCUCGGAGAGAGCGAGGAGCGAGCCUCCAAGGACGGAACCAAUCUCCAGCAGCGACGAGGCUCCGGCGGGGCGCCCAAACACGGGAUCCACUCUCGAAGCAGACCCGUGAGCUUGUUUGUCGACGUGUCCAAGGCCAACACGCUCCCCAGGGUCCGGGAGAACCCUUUGCCCCCGGAACCCAAGAGCCCCGGCGAGUACGUCAGCAUCGAGUUCAAGGGGGAGAACGGCAACGCGGCGGGGGCGCGCGGCCGGGGCCUCGGGCGCGGCUCCUCCAGCCCUCGCGCGACGGACGACCGGCAUCCUCAACACGGGCCCGUGUCCUGCCUGGGCGCUUUUGCGGCCGGAUCCCGCAGCCGCUCGGGCCCCGUCACGCCGCCGGCCGCUUCGGAAUAUGUCAACAUGGACCUGGGCGCUUCUCCCUCGCCCUCGCCCCACGCCCCGCUGGUUUUCCCUCCUUUCCACAGCCCCCCCACACCUCCGACUUUGGCUCCCGCUUCCGGCGUCGCCGAAAGCGGACCCGGCGGCCCUCGCGAAGAGGCGGCGGCGGCGACAGCCGGGGCGGCGCUCAGGAAAAUGCGAGAGAUCGUCCCAGAGUCGCGGUGCCCCGCGUCGUGCGGCGACUACACGGUGAUGGCCUUCGACCUGAACGCCAACGCCGCCGCCGGGUCGUCCUCACCCGAAGCCCCUUCCCCGAACAGGACGGAGCUCCCCGUGGCGCCGCGGGGUCUCGACUUCCCUUUAGCCAAGUCGGGGCCCAACCCCGACCACGGAGCCAAAGUGAUCCGCGCCGACCCCCAGGGACGCAGACGACAUUGCUCCGAAAGCUUCCUCGCCUCAUCCUCCCUCUCGGCUCCCGCUCCGACGCCUUCGUCGUCCGCCGCCUCGCUCUCCCCGGAGCAGGCCGGCCCCCGCCGGCCGGGCUUUGAAAGCGCGCCGUGGCGAAAUUGCGCCGUCUCCGAUGCCCCCGCUCAGUCGGCCCUUCCCGGGCAGCGGCCCGCCACUCCGACGGCCGCCGCGGAGCAAGGCCUGAACUACAUCGACUUGGACCUGGCCAACAAGGAGAGCCCCCAUUUAGCCCCGGACGGACCCCCGGGGAGCCAGGCGUCUGCGCGCCUCUUUUCGGCGCUGGGUGCUGGUAGUUCUGCGGUCAGAGCGGGCGCGGCGGCGGUCGGCGACGGCGGCGCCGGCGUCAACUCGUACGCCAGCAUUGACUUCUGCAAGUCCGAAGAGCUGCGGAUGCAUCCCAACGGCAACAAGGAGGGAACGGAGUGCUAAUGGCAACGGCGUCCUUGGAGGAACAAUCUGGGCGCAACAUCUCAAAUCUCCGCUUGCUGCUUUUUUUUUUUUUUUUUUGGUGGGGACUGGACGCGUCCCUGGAGAGAAACUGCUUUUUCUUUUUUUUUCUUUUUUUUUUUUUUCUGGCAGUUGCGCAGAGCAACGGGGAUGUGUGCCAAGUGACGUUCUCCAAAAAAUAGCUUUCAUUCCGUGACUGGGAGUCAAUCGGAGAAGUGUUAAAAAGAAAAAGGAAUGUAAGCUCUCCCAUAACCGGAGCAACUCAAAUUGUAAAAAGUACAAUUCAGGAUGGAAAAGAAAAUCUUGACAGGUUUGGAACUUCAGAAGAAAAAAAAAAGUGCCUCUUUCUUAUUUUAGACACGGCGUUCCGACGUGUUGAGUGAACCUUUUUUUUGUAAUUGCCUAAAAACGGUGGCGAGCACUUCAAACAGCCGAAUCAAGUGGAGGUCCAGUGCCGCCUUCUCGCGUGUUCAUAUUUCUCCUCAACUCUUUUCACUCCUCUGUCUCGCUUUGGUUUGAUUUGUCAUGCAAUAGAGCCGUACAGCAGGAAUAUUCCCAAAACCGGAUGCGGAAAC